CGUUCUGGUACCUGAACAUCUCGGUGGCAGUGGGGUGGAGCUUGCCACGCCAGAGAGCAGCCAUGGGUAGCAAGGAACGAUUCCAUUGGCAGAGCCACAACGUCAAACAGAGCGGGGUGGACGACAUGGUCCUUCUCUCCAAAAUCAAUGAAGAUGCCAUUGUCGAAAACCUGAAGAAGCGUUUCAUGGACGAUUAUAUCUUUACUUAUAUCGGACCAGUCUUGAUCUCCGUCAACCCCUUUAAACAGAUGCCCUACUUCACUGACCGGGAAGUUGAGCUGUACCAAGGAGCGGCUCAAUACGAAAACCCACCCCACAUCUAUGCGCUGACGGACAACAUGUAUCGUAACAUGCUCAUUGAUGGGGAAAAUCAAUGUGUCAUUAUCAGCGGCGAAAGUGGAGCCGGGAAGACAGUGGCAGCCAAAUACAUCAUGGGCUACAUUUCCAAAGUAUCCGGGGGUGGAGAGAAAGUGCAGCACGUCAAAGAUAUUAUUCUCCAGUCUAACCCACUGCUAGAAGCCUUCGGCAAUGCCAAGACUGUCCGGAACAACAAUUCCAGCCGAUUUGGGAAAUACUUUGAGAUCCAGUUCAGUCGAGGGGGUGAGCCCGACGGAGGGAAAAUCUCCAACUUCCUGCUGGAAAAAUCCCGGGUGGUAAGCCAGAACGAGAGCGAGAGGAACUUCCACAUUUACUAUCAGCUCAUUGAAGGAGCCUCACCGGAACAGAAACAAAACUUGGGGCUUAUGAACCCUGACUAUUACUAUUACCUCAACCAGUCAGAAACAUACAAAGUCGAUGGCACAGAUGACAGAAGCGAUUUCCAGGAGACUAUGAACGCCAUGAGCGUGAUUGGCAUCGCAGGGCAAGACCAGCAGCUUGUGCUACAGAUCGUGGCCAGUAUCCUUCAUCUUGGCAAUAUCGGUUUCCAGGAGCAAGGCAACUACGCCCAGGUGGAGAUUCCUGACUCACUCGCUUUUCCUGCCUACCUCUUGGGGAUCGUCCAGACCCGCCUUAAUGAGAAGUUGACAAGCAGGAAGAUGGACAGCAAAUGGGGAGGCCGGUCAGAGUCCAUCAACGUGACGCUCAACACCGAGCAAGCUUCCUAUACCCGCGAUGCCCUUGCCAAGGGCCUCUACUCGCGCGUCUUUGACUUCCUUGUGGAGUCCAUCAACAAGGCCAUGCGGAAGCCGAAUGAAGAGUACAGCGUGGGCGUGCUGGACAUUUAUGGGUUCGAAAUAUUUCAGAGAAAUGGCUUUGAACAAUUCUGCAUUAACUUUGUGAAUGAAAAACUUCAACAGAUCUUCAUCGAGCUGACCCUCAAAGCAGAGCAGGAAGAAUAUGUGCAGGAAGGCAUCAAGUGGACCCCCAUUGAGUAUUUCAACAACAAGGUUGUCUGUGACCUCAUUGAAAACAAGCUGAAUCCUCCUGGCAUCAUGAGCGUUUUGGACGACGUGUGCGCCACAGUGUACGCCAAGGGGGAGGGGGCGGACCAGACGCUCCUGCAGAAGCUGCAGUCGGCAGUGGGAACCCACGAGCAUUUCAACGGCUCGAGUUCAGGAUUCAUCAUCCACCACUAUGCUGGCAAGGUGUCCUAUGACGUCAACGGCUUUUGUGAGAGGAAUCGGGACGUGCUGUUCACAGAUCUGAUAGAGCUGAUGCAAAGCAGUGAAUUCUGCUUCAUUCGGGCACUUUUCCCUGAAAAACUGGACGCCGACAAAAAGGGACGUCCCACAACAGUCGGUACCAAAAUCAAGAAACAAGCCAAUGACCUUGUGAAUACCCUGAUGAAGUGUACGCCCCAUUACAUCCGCUGCAUUAAACCCAACGAGACCAAGAGGCCUAGAGACUGGGAAGAGAGCCGGGUGAAGCAUCAAGUAGAAUAUCUGGGGUUGAAGGAGAAUAUCCGGGUCCGCAGAGCGGGCUUUGCCUAUCGCAGGCUGUUCCAAAAGUUCCUGCAAAGAUAUGCCAUCCUGACCCCAGAGACGUGGCCCAGGUGGCGAGGAGACGAGCGCCAAGGGGUCCAGCACCUGUUGAGAUCCGUCAACAUGGACGUGGACCAGUACCAGAUGGGUCGCACAAAGAUUUUUGUCAAGAACCCCGAGUCGCUCUUUCUUCUAGAGGAGAUGCGGGAACGGAAAUUUGACGGCUACGCCCGGAUAAUACAGAAAGCCUGGCGCCGGCAUAUCGCCAUCCGGAAAUAUGAACAGAUGCGAGAAGAAGCAUCCCACAUCCUGUACAACUUCAAAGAACGGCGGAGGAACAGCAUCAAUCGGAACUUUGUGGGCGAUUAUCUUGGGAUGGAGGACAAACCCGAGCUGCGUCAGUUUCUGGCCAAAAGGGAGAGGAUCGAUUUUGCUGACUCGGUCACCAAAUACGACAGGCGGUUUAAGCCUAUUAAACGCGAUUUCAUUUUGACCCCCAAAUACUUCUACCUGAUUGGCCGUGAGAAGGUGAAGAAAGGCCCUGAAAAGGGCCAGAUCCGGGAAGUGCUGAAGAAGAAGGUGGAGAUCCCAGCUGUCCACAGGGUAUCUCUCAGCACCAGGCAGGAUGACUUCUUCAUCCUUCACGAAGCGGAGGCCGACACCCUCCUGGAGUCCAUCUUCAAGACGGAACUCAUCAGCCUGCUUUGCAAGCGCUAUGAAGAGGCCACCCGCAACAAACUCCAGCUCAGUUUUAGUGACACACUACAGUUCCGUGUGAAGAAGGAAGGUUGGGGCGGAGGGGGUACCCGAACGGUGACUUUCCUCAGCGGGCAGGGAAGCGUGGCUGUCCUCAAAGCAGGAGGGAAAAUGCUUUCCAUCAGCAUCGGAAGUGGACUCCCAAAGAACUCCAAACCCACCAGGAAAGGAUUCCAGCAAACAAAAGGCUACCAUACGCACGUGCCACCACCACGAGCUGCCCCGCCAGCCCCAAGAGGGAGAACGCUCGCCGGCCCCUGCAGGAACGGGGCCCCGCCGUUUCCUCAGAACAGCGUCCGGGAGCAGGCGUACUCCACCCCCCAAAGGCAGGGGCAGCGCCCCCCAGCCACCGCCCUGCCCAAACAAGGCCAGCCUCGGCGGGCGAAGUCGAGACAACCUUCAGAGCACAACCUGGACUUCCUCAACGUUCCUGACGAAGGGAUGGCUGGAGCACAAAGGAAGAAAAGCAUCGGACAACGGCCACUCCCCGCCCGACCUAAGCCCCCCCAGCCAAGGCCCUCAGGCCCCCGCUGCCAAGCUCUGUAUCGGUAUCACGGGCAGGACGUGGAUGAGUUGAGCUUCAACGUAGGCGAUGUUAUAGACAUCUUGUUGGAAGACUCCUCUGGCUGGUGGAAGGGCCGUCUCCAUGGUCAAGAAGGGCUUUUCCCUGGGAAUUACGUACAGAAGAUCUGA